AAAAAAACUUCAUUCCAAGCGUGUUAUGUUACUUAUACGGGCUCUAAUAAAAGUAAAAAAGGGAAAGUUUAACAUGAAGCACAACGGUACACCCAAGUGCAGAUAUCAAGGUUAAAACUUGAAUACUUGCUAUGUACUUACAUUUAACUUAGACUAGAGUUGCAAAAAACUUAAAACUAUUCGGGUGAAAUUAGCAACAAAUAGCUUGAUAUAUAUACAAAUACCGGCUAUUUCUUUUUUUAUCAUACAACAAAUUGUCGUCUUUCUUUUUAUUUGCCAGUUAUUAUCCAAGCUUAUUGAAAGUACCUAAUUAUAUUAUUGAUGUAUGCCCCUUUCUCAGUCAUCAUGUUGAUUAGAAAACUUAACAACUCACUACUUUCAUCGUUCUAUUUGCUCAUGGAGCGAUGUGUCGUCGUUGAUUUACUAAGAGUUACUUGAGCAUAAGCCGAUCUCAAUCUAGGGUUUCCAUCAGCCUCGUUAGCUUUAAUGCAAAGAUAAUAGCAUACGAUUACUUUACAAAAGCCUUGCAGAAAAUUUUGUGUGCGCCUUGCAAUUUUGAUUAUAGAUAGAGCUCGUACAAGUGACAGGCGCGAAGUAGUGGGGAUGCCUAGAUAACACGAUAACGGCCCCUAGAACCGACGAGACCGCAUCGAGCUCGCUUGCUUCUAUACAUUUUUUCCAACUGCAAGUCUAGCGGUAUUUGUCUUAGUCGAAGCUUAUCUAGUUUGUGGUGCAGUCAUGCUAAAGUUACAUCCUAGUUUCUUAUAAAAGUGUGAAUAAAAUAUGUUUUAGAUAAUGUACAAUUCAUAACUUUUCAAUGUCCAUUUACCAAAUUGUCUAGAUACCCUUUAGCUUUUAAUGCUAAAAUGUUGUCUAACAAAGCGUUCAAUGACAUCGUUAGCUUAUAAUUCAGUGAAACACGUGAAAAAUAUUAAAAUUAUGUGCUAAUACCGGCCGAAAUGAAAGACUCUGCGCCUCGCUGUGAGGAUGUGGCCGACAAGCUGGUGCGGCUGUUUGGAUGGCGACAGACAUACCCCGUGCAGAAGCUACAGAGGAAUCUAUUGCCUAAGAACAGUGAAGGGGGACCAGAGACAUGGGUGGGCGUGCGAGCAUUACGCGCAAGUUCCGGCGGGAUCUUGGACCCGGAUGAUCGCGUGUGCGACGUGGCAGACGACCGUGAGACGCUGACGGCGGAAUGUCAGGCGCAGCACCGCGCUGCCCAGGCCGACGGCGCCAGUGGCUCCUCCGCCGGCACCGCCUCACCAGAUAUGUUUCGAGGCGGCGGUGGUCUGAGCGGUGUGGGGGGUGCGGGAGGCAGUAUGCGUGCGGGAGCGGGGCAGGGCCCGGGAGCGACGGAGUCGUGCGUGGAAGUGGGCGGCGCGGCGCUGGAGGACGGUGCCAGCGGGCUGCAGGUCCGCCGCGGCAGCGAGCCUUCACUGCACCAGGACACCAUGCCGCCGCAGAGGCAGGUGUGCGAGCAGACGAAGCGAUGGUCUGCAGCGGUAGUGUGUCGGGAGGAGACGCGCGCGCCGCCGCCCGACGCGGAACGCGCGCCGCACGGCCAGCACUUCCAGCGGCAUUCCAACAGACUGUCCAUGCAAUUCUCUGGACCUGGGAGCGGAGUUUGGUUAGACGCGGCGGAGCGAGUACAAAUCUACGGCAGCAAGAGUUUGCCCCGAGACGCCCGCAGAGAGCCGCUGGGACAGGACACAUCCGUUGACACGCAGAGUCAAAACCACAGAGUGGAAGACAUGUUGCGAUGGGUUUCGGGCGUUAACAAUGUUUCCAGCGAGCCUCACGGACAAGAACGUCAAUUAGAUCUACUUCCUGAAAUGGGUAUCAGCGAGCGCGCGGUGUCGGGCCUGGAGAUGCCGGUGACCCCCAGCGGCAGGGGGUCAGGUGGUGGGGGAGCAGGGGGUGCUGGGGGCGCGGCGCAGACGGUCCACGUGACGCUGGUGAAGGGCGAGAAAGGCCUGGGCUUCACCAUCACGACGCGCGACAACCCAACCGGCGGACACUGCCCCAUAUACAUUAAGAAUAUACUGCCUAAGGGCGCGGCGGUGACGGACGGGCGGCUGCGCGCGGGCGACAAGCUGGUGACGGUGAACGGCGUGUCGGUGUCGGGGCUGACGCAGCAGCAGGUGGUGGCGCUGCUGCGCAACACGCCCCCGGACUCGCAGGUCGACAUCGUCAUAGAGCGCACCCCCGCCAGGACACAGAGAGUGGAACCCCAGCAGAGUCCGAAUAAAUAUGUAGAAAAGGCAAUAGGAACGACUAACAUAACUACGAUGCCAGUAGAGGCGACUCCGGCGGAGAAUGGCCGAGUGUCCACCAUGGUCCACGCCAUCAAUCACAACCACAACCACGCCCCCAACGGCUCUGCCAGGGGACGGAUACAGAAGAGUUCCUCUAAAGAUGAUCUGUUAAAUAAGGACCAGGCGUUAGACUCGCAUGUACAAGAUGCUUUAAAUUCCUCCACAACUUCGAUACCUGGACUUCGAAACCGACUAAUCUUACGAUUAGAUGUCCCGGUCCACGACUCAGAGAAGGCUGGACUUGGGAUCAGCGUAAAGGGGAAGGUGACGGUGGGACCGGACCCUCAAGACUUAGGCAUCUUCAUUAAGUCCGUACUUCACGGCGGCGCCGCAUCCAGAGAUGGAAGACUGCACACGAACGACCAGCUGGUGAGCGUGAACGGCGUGUCACUGGUGGGUCAGAGCAACGCGCAGGCUAUGGACACGCUGCGACGUGCGCUGCUGCACGCCCGCCCGCACGUGCGCGGCAGCAUCUCACUCGCAGUCGCCAGGCGCACCGACAGCAUGGACAGCCUCGCUAGAUGGAAAGACGACACGCCGCCCAACGGCAACGACACCACCAACUCAAACGACCACAGCAACUCGCAGAACUUCAAUACCAUCAUAUACAACGCCGCGGACGGGGACAACAAGAACCUCGACUUCACGCACAAGUUCCAGCUCAACCAGAACGAAGUCGGCACCGAUAACCACGAUGGAAGGACCAAGAAGCACGCCUCCAUCGUCACCAUCAACAACAACAACAGCUGGGUCUCCAAUCAGUCGGACGAUAGCAAAGGGUAUUUGGAGAGGGACAAAGAUAGCGUUCCUCAUGACACGAAGAGAGACAGCUUCGAGUGGAGCCGGCUGGACGGCUGGAACCCGGUGAUAGACAGGCUGACGGGGCUGCGCAACGAGAGCUACUACAUGGCCACGCAGACUGACGCCACCCUCGCCAACGGACACCACUACCGUCAGACUCCCGGACACGUGCACAUGGCGCGCUCUCCGCCGCCACACCACAACGUUAUUAUUGAGGAGGACUACGGCACCACCAGGGGCGGCGAGUCGGGCAGCGAGUGUGGCGGUGGUGGGGGCGCAGGCGAGGGCUUCAGCCGGGACGCGGUGGGGCGCCGCUCCAUGUCGGAGAAGCGCCACGCCGCACUCGACGCCAAGCAGACCGGCACCUACAAGAAGAUCAAGGAAAUCAAAGCCGUCAACUCAAUGCAAGUCGGCCCUUCUCUCGGGAUGCGAAAGUCUUCCAGUUUGGAGUCCUUACAAACAGCCAUACAAGAGACUCAGAAAAACCCACGAAACGAACCCUUAUAUGCUCGAGCACAUCCACCUCUCAAACAUUGGUUAACAGACGACAACAACGCGCCAGAACAUAUCAUAAGAGGAUCGCCGCAACAGUCGUCCUUGUCCCACAAAAAACCGUCGUUACUCAAAUCUUUGUCUACGAUGUUUAGAAUCGGUAAACCUAAUAAGAAAAGCGAAAACGAGACUUACGGCAGAUCGCAGCCGGGACGGUCUUCGGAGAAGUCUUUGUCGCGGGAGGCGCUGGAGAGGCACAACAGGAUAGACGAGCGGCUGGAGGACUCCAACCCGCCGCCACCACCGCACAGAGAGGAGUCAAGUAGGUCGCGACAGAGCAGCAGCGAGCGCGGCUCCAGGUCGGAGAAGCGAGCGCACGCGCACGCGCACGCGCCGCCCUACCGCGCCCCGCCCCCUCGCACCGCGCCCGCACGCACCGCGCCCGCACACAGUCAUGCGAUGGAUUCAGCGUGGGGUCCAACAGGCCAUUACGUUAAUUAUGAAGAAAUUCAAAACUUUAACGCGCGUCGUGAGAAACUAAGCGAGGUGCAAAUCGGUCAGAUGAGGCUACAGAUGAACGAGAGGCAGCAGAGAGCAAAGGCUGAAGAAGAAAGUCGUCGAGGAGUUCCCGCGGGCUACCAGUCGCAGCGGUCGUGUCGGGAGGGUGGUGGUGGUGGGGGCGGGGGCGGGGGCGGGCGGCCGCAGUCCAACUACUACGAGUACGAGAGCGCGCCACCACGCAGACCCGGCAAACUCUCGCACUACCACUGACACGCGGCUCACUUUACACUGGACAUCAACCUUCCAAAGUAUUUAUACGUUUAGUUAUACAUUACUGCAGUGUACUCACCUAGCCGUGUACUAUGUAUCACGUUCUCACUUUAUGUAUCUUGAGCACUAACUACCUCGUAGCUAAGUACCAGAUACGCGGUGAAAACCCUGCUUAAUACGGCUAAUACGCAUAAGAUCCUAACUCGUAGCAUUAUUUUUUGUCUAUCAACAGUUGUUUAAGUCAUGACAUUUUUAUUGAAACAUUGUUAUUACUAUUAGUUAGAGUUGAAAAUUACAAAACUCGCUGUUUUUGUGUUACGUCUAUAUGCGUACAAGUCCAAAUAUUCGAUUAAGUAGUUACGUAGUGUUGGUUUUGAUGCGCAGUUUAAAACUACAUACAAACUGGAAUUGUAACUCUUUGUUUCCUAGUUCACGAUAGUGCGUUGUAAGUGUACAAACGAGAUAAUGUACUGCAAAAGUUGUUAUAAAAUAAUUGUAGGUCUGUUUGUAGACGUCCGUCCCGCCGGUGCUGGAUCAACCGUAAACUUUAUCAUUGAUUUAUCAGUAACCUUGUAGCUAUUGUAAUAAGGUUUAUUUUGAAUUAUCAUUUGAUCUAAUAUCUACUUAAUUUCCCAGUUAUAAAGACAAACAUGUAAUGAUAUUUUUUUAAUUUACUUUUACAAAUUAGGUUUGAUAUUUGAAGAAUGAUAUAGCAAAUUUUAACCUUAAUUAUGAACUGAUAAAAAAUAGUAGUUAACCUAUGUAUUUAUUUUAUGUAACAAAGUAAAUGUGAAAAACAUUUUCGAAAAGUUAAGGCUUUUUUAUUUUUGGAAACGAGAUUUUUUGACACGUCAUUGUUAGCAAUCCGCCUCGUACUUUCUUUUAAUAUAUUUUAUAGAAUUAAAAUACAAAAUCUCUUUAAUAAAAUCUUUUUAGUUUGUAUGUUUUUUUUCUCGAAAUGUAUUUAUAUAUACUUUUAUCUCUAUUUAAUACAUACUAUGUACUUCAAUCCGAAGUUUUUACGGUGAAGGAAAACAUCGUGAUGUCUGCACAUAUCUGAGAAGAAAUUCAAAGAUAUUUGUGAAGUUAACCCGCAGUAAGCCAGCAUGGUUGACUAUGACCUAGUCACCUCUUACUUAAGGUAGGCUUCGACCUCCUGGGUGGGGACGUAUAGUGAGCUGGUGAUGUAAGUGAAAGAUUCAGUUUUGUUGGUCGAAGUAUUGCUAUUUUAUCCAAUAAAUUUAAAAAAUGACAUUACUGUAUCCAAAAAAAUGAGUACAAGGUUAUUGAAUUAUGGUUACGAUAAUUUGCACAAUCAUUAAAUUCGCAAGCAAUUGAUAGAAAAAACUUAGCAGCCUCGCCCUAUGACGGGUUUAAAUAAUAUUUUAAAGCCUUCACACUUAUUAUAUACUGAGCGAUGUUCUGCAAAAAAAAA